AUGAGUAUGAACAAGCUUCUUGCCGCUACUACUCUUGUAGUUAUCGCCGCCGCAGCCAGCACCCCAAAAUGCGCUGCAUUUCCGCCAUCUAUGAUCGAGUACUCAUCUGGCUUCAAGCAGCCAAAGCCGCCUUUGGUACAGCCUGAGUUCACAGCAAACUUUGUGCAACACAAAUGGGAUGAAACGCUCUCUCACAUCAUGACUGGAUACAUCGAUAAUUCCCCCGCCAAGGGCAUGGUCCGCGUAAAUGAAGCAUACGAUGAUGCCCCAGCUUCGUCGGUGUUUAAUUAUGCAAACGUGACUGGCGAUGGUCUGGUUGACAACGUCCUGACCAUCUAUAAUGGAACAACGCCCUAUGUCUGGCAAGGCUACGUUAAUUCCAAUUAUCCCAUUUUCGAACAAGACUUCCUUGCCAAGGCCGAUGCAGUUUUCGGAGGGCUUGUUACCAGGCAGUUCAACGGUGAUGUGGCCUCUUGGGACAUCAUGUAUCAAGGUGUUAUUCCGGUGACCGUUUACGUGAACAAUUGCAAUGUCAUUGUGGGGUAUGACUAUUUCUCGCCCGGUAGGCGUACCCGAGUCGUGACCGAUUUCUUCAACAUUCAGCUUAACAUCGCGAACUGA